GUCUCUCUGGUCUUUACUGUUUCUAUUUUAGCUCGGCUCUCUCAGACGGCAGUCAUGGCUCGCUGCAGGAGUUACUUACGAGGUCUCGCCAUCUGUGUCACUGUGCUGCUAAUGGUGUCUGGUGUGGUGAUGAUCGGCGUUGGAUUUUCCUCCAUCGACGGCAACACGCCGGUUGCCGAGUUGUUUGAGCAAUUGUCCAGCAGCGACGGUUUACUGGUGCUGCAGGUGUUCGGACCAAUCACUGUGGUUCUGUCUGUUCUGGGAAUCUGUGCUGCAACUCUGGACCUCAAACCGCUGCUGCUGCUGUUUUCUGCUCUGAUAUUCGUGGAGUUUGUGGCUGUGAUGGUCGUUGCUGCACCGCUGGUUCAGGUUCAAGCUCAGAUGGACGGCGCCGUGGACGAAGUGUUUCUGAACGUCACUCCUCUCCACAGAGCCGAUCGUUACAUCCAGAGUGAACUGAGCAAACUGCAGGCCUCCGACUCUUGUUGUGGUUUGAGGAGUUUUGAGGACUGGGGGGAUCAACUUCCUGUCACCUGUUUGUGCACGCCCCCUGCCUCAGACCUGCCGCCCAGCUCUCCGCCUGGUAACCGGAGCUCGUUGGGCUCCUGUGUGGCGUCGGGAGACCUUCAGACGUCGCGGCUCACAGAUAAACUCUGGGUUCACUCCGAGCCCUGUGGUCCCAUCCUGAAGAGCUACCUGAGUUUCCCCAUCAAACUCCGGAUAGGAAUCAUUUCAGCCUUCGCCACCAUCACAAUGGCGGCGAUAGCUCUGAGCCUGGCGUUGGGCCUGGAGGAGUACUGGAGGACGCCCCCGGUCGAAACCACCGUCGACGACUUCAACAGAGUGAAAUACCAACCCAAACCCUCCCUCACCUGACCUCUGACCUCUGACCCCUGACCCCCACACACACACAAGCAUCAGAUCAAACUGCUGCUUUACUUCAUUGGGCCUCGUGGAUGAAGAUUUUAUGAUUAACUCCUCUUUAUUUUUGUUCUUAAACCUCAUUCUGUGAUUUACCCUCCACACACACACCUGUUUGUACCUCUGACAGCCUGAACAAGUUGAUAGUAUUUAGUUCGGUCCGUUAGCUCGUGGCACGAAUGACCCCUCGCUGUUUGAUUUCCACAAUUUGAGGCGUAGUUCACCGUCACGUCGGCGUAUGAGCAAUAACGCGUGUGCAUCGUCAUGGCGACGCCUACGUGACGCUCGUCGGUCCAUUGAAAGUGAAAGUAAUUUAAAUGCACACGUUAAAGGUUUGAUGUUAUCGCAUAGACGCUGAACACACGUUUUACUUUAGUUCACUGCCAUAAAAUACCCCUCAUGACACACACACA